AGGAGGAAGCAAAUUCCGCCGGCAUUCCCACGCCUGCCACAGUUCCUUAGUCCGGCCCUUCCUUUUUCGGGAGGGUCUCUUCACCCCGGAGUCUCCUGUUUAUGAAAUCACUUAAUCUCUGGCUUUGCUGUUCCCACAUCCUCUCCCUGAUUAGUCCUGUACGUUUAAAGAUUGAAAAUUACUACAGAGAAGAGACAAAGCUUCAAUUGCUCUUCCGCGUCCCAAUUCCACAAGAGCUCUGGGCGACAAAGAGUUAUGGAGAAGCGCCUGCAGGAGGCUCAACUGUACAAGGAGAAAGGGAACCAACGUUACCGAGAAGGGAAGUACCGAGAUGCUGUAAGUAGGUACCAUCGAGCUCUGCUUCAGCUGCGGGGUCUGGAUCCAAGUCUGCCCUCCCCGAUACCUAAUCUAGGACCUCAGGGCCCGGCCCUCACACCCGAACAAGAGAACAUACUGCACACCACCCAGACAGACUGCUACAACAAUCUAGCUGCCUGUCUCCUUCAGAUGGAGCCAGUAAACUACGAACGAGUGAAAGAAUACAGUCAGAAAGUCCUGGAACGACAGCCUGAUAAUGCCAAGGCCUUGUAUCGGGCUGGAGUGGCCUUUUUUCAUCUGCAGGACUAUGACCAGGCUCAGCACUACCUCCUGGCUGCUGUCAACAGGCAGCCAAAAGACGCCAAUGUCCGGCGGUACCUCCAGCUAACUCAGUCGGAACUCAGUAGCUACCAUCAGAAGGAGAAGCAGCUGUACCUGGGCAUGUUUGGUUAACAAAGAAGAAAGACGCUCCUCUACUUGAACUUAGGUGAACCAUUAAAGACCCAUCGAGGGGAAACCUGAGCCUCAGCAAGAGAAAUUAACCCCAUACCUCUGACCCACGUGGAUUUCUGUUUUCUUUCUAGCUCCGCACAAACUCUCUGGCACUUAAGCAGGCUGUGUCUUUUUUUUGCCUGUCCAUCUACGUAUUUGUAUAGCUUUCCAUACGUGAUAUUCUUGGAGAUGUUUGCUUUGAGAAAUACAAUCAGCUAUAUGUGAAAUAA